CAGCUGUUCAGUGUAGAGCCGCGAGAGGUCAGCCCCGUAGAGGUAACCAAUGAGCAGAGCUCCUGCUACGACGCAGCCAAUCAGGCGCCCUCGGAUGCGUGUUGCGGCGUACGCUGGUUGCUGUGUGAAGAGUGCUCACUUGGAUUGACACUAAACAUCUCUUCCUUUCCGCUGUUACUGGGCAGCAUCAUUUGCACGCAUUAACCAAGUUUGUGUGUAAAGGAACACGUGUGGUAAUUAACUGAGGUAAACGUAGCAGACGUUCCCUGAAGGCAGUAUUGCGUACAAUGGCGUCCGAGUGGAGCAGGGAUCCAACUGAAGACCAGCAGCGAUACUACGAGCUGUUGGGGGACGUCUGUGCGUACGAAACAAACACCAGUAGGGGACUGCUGAUACUGCAUAGAAAAGUUGGUUACGCCAUAUGUGGCAUACCAGACGAAGAAUCGAAAUGUGAUAACGCCCACACUGGAUACAGUACGAACAAGUACAAAACCAUAAGGGCUGUCGUCGACUUCAUAAGAGACGUAAACAAGGAGAAGACGGAAGAGAGAGAUCAACUUGAUAUGGCCAUUAUAUUUGUCUUCGUGGAAUACGAGAAGCAGGUGCUGCAGUAUCCCGUAUUUCGAAUAUUGCUCGCGAAAUCCAAGUGGAAAUUCGUGGAUACGAAUUGCCGCGUCUAUUCUUCGUGGCAGGAUUACUUGAAAUCUAAUGAAUUACCCAAAGGAAAAUUUUGCUGGCCUCUCAACGGAAUAUACAGUGGCGACGACGACGACAAAGUGCAACUAGGAUGGGGCGUAACACCUGCAGCACAACCUGGCAAUAAGAUGGUUGAAGCAGCGGAUAAGGUCAGCACUGCGGCUGCGCUAGGGGCGACUGGUGUGUAUCUCCUCGGUCUUGUCACCCCGUUAGGACCAGUGAUGGCGGUAGCUGGUGCUUGUGGAGCUGUUAGCGGCCUCUACGGCGCGGCACGCAGUGGAACAUCGCUGGUCGACCGUGGUAAACACGGCCAAACUGUCAACCCCUUGAGCGAUCGUCAGGCAGCCAUGUCGUGGAUAUCUGUGGCGGGCAGUGUGGUCGGUAUGGCAGCUGGGGCGGCAGCGAGUCGAGCAGCAACUCUGGCGAGGAAUGGCCAGGUGAUGAGCAAGACAGGACAAAUAACGUGUAAUGCUCUCAACGUCACCUCACUGGCUGUUAGUGCUACGGGUAUUGGUAUUGGCGCCAUCAGCCUUAGUGAACGCAUCAAGGAGGGGGAGGCAACACGUCUAGAAAUUUUCCAGUUCAGUGCCUCACUGUUGUUUUUCGCUCACGCAACAGUCAAUUUCCAGACAGCUUCACAAAUAAUCAAGGAAACACAGAAAGGAGUAAUAGAGGAUUUUGAGAAGAGUCUAAGAAGCAACCGGCACAGGAAACAGUUCAAGAAGUUGGCGAAGAACACUGCAGCUACUGGUGAGAAUCCAAUGGAUGGUAAUGCAAGAGUUAUUAGGGGAAUCCGCAGCAUUGAUAACAAGGAUGAUUUCUUUGCUGGCAUGGUCAGAACAAGGAAAGACUUUGGCGGCCACAAAGCCGUUUUUUCUGAAAAUGGAAACAUAGUUGUGAAUGGUGGUGCAGAGAUACAUCCAAUGAAACUGUAUGAACUGGGCAAACAGCAAAGGAGAGAAUUCCUCUCAUUGGCCAAGCAGGCAUCACAGGGCAAAGUAUCUGAUGCAACCUUAAAAGCUCGUUUUGAUUCUGUGCUCAGCACUAACACUGCAGGCUCUUCUGGGAGGAACACAUCUCAGGACAAUGAUGUAAUGGAGGCAGAAAAUAUACUGACUUCACAGCUGCAGCAGGGAACACAAGGGAUAACCAUAGGCAGAAAUGAGGUUAUGCUUAUGCUGUCAGUUGUGGACGAGCUCACAGUUCUGGUGUGCUCAAAGACAGACAAAAAAUAUGCGAAAUGGUGGCACCUUAUCUGGCACCAUGUGAGUAAGCUUGUUAGGGAAAUGUGCAAUACAUAUGAUGAAGCUCUAAAGCUUGAAAAACAGAUACAUAACUUUGUAGAUAAGCGCCAGUUUGAUCUGAUAAAUGGCAUACAAAUGGCCAAUGUUUUCAUGCAUUUUGUUUGUAAGGUUUACAAUCAAUACAAAGAUCACAUUGAACAACUGAUAAAGGAUAUAGAGAAGAAAUGGGAGACAAAUGAUAACAUCUGUGAAAAAUGUAAACAGGCCAUGUGACAAGUAAAGAGCUUUAUUUACUGAGUUUGUGAACUCUGUUAAUACUUGAAAAUUAAUAGUUACAUGAAUGCUAUUGCAGUUGGAGAACACACAGUAUGUAUUGUCUUGUUACAUCAGUGUAAAAGACAAUUGUUUUAAAAUAAAUGUAACCUCUGCAGUUAAUACAAAGGAUUGCUAUAGUUUCAACUUGCAAUACUUUGUAUAUUGCUUAGUUAUGUCUUCACCCUAAGUAAAAAGUAAAUGUUCAGACUGACUUCUUCUUGUAUUUUAAGAUCUGUGCAGCAUUUGAAAUGUGGGUUUAUAAUGAAAGCACAAUAACAGUAGUGCAAUAUGACUAAAUUUUCUGUCUAUCAUAAAAGCUGCAACGCACUAUGAUGGGAUAGCCUGAGUUUUACUCAAUUUGUUCUGUGUUAGAGUAUUAUUAUUAUUAUUAUUAUUAUUAUUAUUAUUAUUAUUAUUAUUAUUAAUAUUAUUUAUAUUUAUUGUUAUUAUUCGGCUUUAUUUACUGCCUAUUUUUUUCCUUAAUGAUUUUCAGUAAAACAUAUAAUUUGCAAUUAAAAGUAACAAAAGUCAUUGAUGUGCUGAUGUGCUUAUAUUGAUAGACAGAGAAUUUAAUAAGUAGUCAUUGUACGUGAUAAAGAGAGACUGCCUGCACAAUAUCCUUCUAAGAAAAAGGAUAGUGGAUCAUGUACAAAAUUGUAAUAAUAGAGAGAGCACAGCAGAUAAUAAUGAGUGGAAAGACCCAUCACACAUUAUAUAGGACACAGCAGAAGCAGAUGUACAGAGGACACACCUACACAGUUCAGAGAGAAAUGAAAGUUUUGGUAAUCCACACAGAAAGGAACAUAAUAUAUAAGAAACAGCUCACAAGACUGAUUCAUUGAAAUAUUUAGUUAUGCUGAAAAAUUUGAUUGCUGUGCAGAAAGAUUUAUUCUUUUAUAUGACAUGUUCUCCAUCAGAUGAAAUAUUUUUUUAAAAACAGUUUAUAUUAAAUUCCAUGAUAUAUAAAAGGUCUUCAUAUUAAAGGCUGUAUGUUGUAUUUUGUGACUGCAGAAGGAAAAACUAAUGCUUCUUGUGUAUCCAGAUGACAGUCACAGUGAAUUCAAUAUUCAAUGGAUGUAAUAAAUCAGAAAUAACACAUA